UAGGUCAGUCGUCUCUUCAUUCUCAACUGCCACCAUCUUAUGGCUUAUUUCGACGAGGUUGGUGGUGGACUAGCAGUCCAGUUUAUUAUUACCAUAAACCUACAGUUAGUUAACUAAUCUGCAUGAUCCAGGAUUCGCAUCGUCUUCCGGAGGGCAUAAAGCGGAUUGCAUACGAUGCUGAUACCCAGCAGUACACUUUCCGCGACCGCUCCGGUCAACUUUACCAGAAUCCUUCAGGAGAGACGUAUGGUGUUCUGAAACCUGUAUCAGCACCCGCCGCUCCUCGCCGCAGUGUGACUAUAACAGAACGCAGAGACCCCGCCCUCAUCCGUGCUCGCUCUGUCAAGCAUCCCGCAAAGACCUUCGAUGACUUCCUUCCCCGAGAAUACAUCACCAACGCAGAGGAGUCCAGUUCUACACCCGACUCUCCCAGCGAAGAUAUCGCACGGGUGAACAGGAAUCGUGCGCUGCCAAAGAUCCCAAGAAUUGCGGAAGUCAUGCAGGCAAUUUCACCUCGCGAGUCGGAAGAUGACGAGAAACACUUACUCGACGAUCGCUCUGCCAGUCCCACCUCAUAUGCGACUCACGAUGAUGAGAAAGAGUUGAGUCACUCAAACUCUAAUGCGUCGUCUUUUCUGUCAUUGCCUUUUAUCGAUACGCACAUUAAUUUGUCCAGUAUGAGUCAAACCUUCCUAUGACUGUCGGAAUCAUUGUAUCGCAUUUGUAGUACCAUUGGACCAUUUUUGGAUAGGAAAUUGUAUAAAAAUCAAGUUCGUUUGACCUGACGCUGAUGUAUCUGUCCCGCUCAGCAUGUAGCACACAGAUUAAAGUAGUU